AUGCUCAUUCACGACAGCGGAAUUCACCACGGUAUCGACACACCUAGCACAAUCAGCGCCUCGCCAUCCAGCGCGCCCACCGCCAGCAACCCCACCAAUGCCACUGAAAGCGACAUCGGCGCCCACGACCUAUCCCGCCCACACUGUCCUCGUACCUUCACCUCACACAUUGGCCUGGUCGGUCACUUGCGAAUCCAUCGCGCAGAGACUGGCCAACCGGCGCCUGAAGCACCAACAUACAGUCGUCGUAAGCGCCACAAAUACCCUCGCACUUUCAGCAACCGCAUGGACCUAAUAGGCAACAUUCGCAGCCUUGAAAACCAGCGGUAG